AUAUGCCAUCAUCAUAUUUGUACUGCAUUUGUAGUCGCCUUACCCGAGUCAAAGCAAUCGAUAAUUUGUUCAGUUCACAGAAAGUAUAUUUUACCGAUUUGGCCGCUCAUUUAAUUUUACUUUACCUAUACUUCUUUUUUAUCAGUUUGGAUAAUGUCAUUGUUUACCUUCAAAGAGCUCUGGGCUGUAGAAUGUGGUGAUGGGCAUAACGAGUUUACUUCCGGGUCGCUAGUAUGGUCAAAUUUCGACAAUUCACCUGAUGGAUCCGUUAAAUUUGCGUUAGGAAGUUUGACUGGGAUCCUUCGAAUUAUCGGCCACACGUCAUACGAAGAUAUUCAUGAUACCACCGUGUCUAUAUUAGCUGAGGUGAAUCUUGGAUAUCCCAUUUUGCAGAUUGAAUCGGAUGUGUUUAUUGGCGGAUCUGAUGACAUCAAUUUGGCUAUACUCCACCCAUUCAAACUGGCCGUUUAUGGGGUUUCCAAGCUUGCCGGACAAGUAGAGCAUGGGUCACAAUAUAAAGUGACUCUUCUGUAUGAACAUAUACUCAAACGACACGCUUUUAAUAUGUGUUGUGGACCUUUUGGACACGGUACAUCAUUCGCAAAAACCAAUAAAGAUCGUCCGAGUAAGAGCAAGCGUAGGUUCAUUUGUGUUCAGUCUUUGGAUGGAACCCUUUCGUUUUUUGAGCAGGAAUUAUUCACGUUCUGCCGAUAUCUUCCGGGAUUCCUCCUACCGGGCCCCCUUGCGUAUGUCCCUGCUUGGGACUCUUUUAUUACAGCCUCAUGGAACGUUGUGUGCUUCAAAUAUACAAGUCUCGCAAUGUCUAAAGACGAUCAGCAACAAUCGCAGGAUACGAGUGUUGGGAAACGUCUGACCCCAGACUGGUCAUUUUGCAUCGGAGAAGAGUGUAUUGGUGAUAUCAAGGUUUUGUCCACGGAUGACCCUGCCACGAGUUGUGUCGUUGUUUGUUCUUUUCGUAACAUAAUGUGUUUUGGAGAUGGCGGAAUUCUUAUUUGGACCAAGAGACUCGACUUUCAAAUUAGCUAUUUCCAUUCGUUUUUAGUGCCAAUAUCACCUAAUGAGCAUGAGUGCAUUACCAUUGCUGGUUCCAGUAACGAGCCCUAUAAUUGUUACGUGUACAGUGGAACAAUGCUGAGAUGGGCAGCACGACUUCCCUUCGCCCCGAUUCAUAUAGACAGAGUUUUCAAUUACAAGAAUAUAAAUGGUGCAAUAUUAGCAAUGAGUGAAAGAGGCACUGUGAUCCUCGGAUUUAUUGGAACUGUUCCAUCACUGUUUGUGGCCCCUCCAGUUCAGUCAAGGGACUUGGAUUACGAAGCUGCAGAAAAAGAAUUGAAUGACUUGAGGAGAGCAAUCACUGCUGCCGGAGAUCAGGAAGUAUCCGCAAGCAAGGACAGCACGGUGGAAAUCAAACUAGAGUUUGAGGGACAGAAAACAAAAUGGAUAGAGACAAAUGGGCUAGAAGUUAUGUCCUUAAUUGGGGUUGUAAAACUGAUGUGCCAUCUUAAGGUUAACGAUGUCAGGGUCACAUUUAGUACACCCAAACCAAUAAUUUGUUCACCAGAUUCUGUCUUAAUUGGGGAUAUUAUUGGGAGACAUUCAUACCCAGUCGAAUUUUACGUGGAAAACGAAAUUGUUCCCUCCGAUCUGCAGUGCGACGUGUUUGUUUUUUACAUCAGCGACAAUGGAUCACCACAUUUUGUACAGAAAUGUGGAAUUCGCAUUCCCCUUUUCAUAGUUGCAAAACCUCAUCACAAGUUGGAAAAGGAUGGAAAUGUGAAAAUUACAUUUUCAGUGAAUAAGCCAGUUGUUAACUUGCUGUCCUUGUAUAAUGACUUUAAUUGGAGUAUCGACGGGGCUGCUCCUGGAAUAAGUUUCAUGUUUCAAUGUGGGGAAAUUGCUUCCUUGCUGUCAUCAACAAAAAAUGCAUCGUCCGAAACCUCUAAAUACAGAAUUCAAGCCCACACCUUGGCCAUAAUCUACGUCAUAUUUCGAGACUUUAUCGACAGGCUUAAUAGAAAAUUGGGAAGAGACAAGACUGAGUUGGUAAUUGAGCCGUUGGGUCUGGACGAAGAAAUGUCUUUGCUAACUGAUUAUUUCCAAGAAAUUGAUGCCCAUGCUGUUCAACGCCAGAGAGACGCUCAAAUUCAAGAUGAAAUUUCAAAUCGGGCUGCGCAACUUCGUGCAAUUCAAAGACGAUUGCUCAUCAGAUUCCGGGACAAGAACCCACUUCCCCUGACUCAACUUGAAAUCUUGUUUGAAGGUUCUUUAGAUCAAGUUGGAGACUGUCUAAACUUUAUUGAAGGCAAUGAUGUGGAGAUGCAAAAAACAGAAACAAAAUUGAGUGGGGCGACGAAGCUGUUGAUAGAAUUAAUAAAGUUAAAGCAUAAAAAUGCAGACAGCGUCUCUUUGUUGCUCAACGGUUUAAGUCCUGAUGUCUGGAACUUUUCCGAUGAAUAUGGAUGGGAAGAAAGUGUUUACACAAGUUUGACUUUCAUCAAGAGCGGAGUAGUUGUUAAUCAGUCAUUGGCUAAUCUGGAUUUAUCCAAAUUGAAACGAGUCAUCAAAUCUUCGGUGGAAAAAGCAUGGAAAGAAGCAUUUUCAAAACAACUAUCGCUACCUGAGGUGUUAUCAAAGCCUUCUGUAGUUGAGCCCGAAAAGUUGGUUGGAAAUGAAAUUCAGGAAAGGAUGACUUCAGCUAGAGCAAGGACGUCUAGGAAAAGAGGGCAAAGCAUGUUAGCCUCGAUACCUGAACCCCAUGAACCCGAGGAUAAUAAUAUCUCAGAACUAGAGAAAAUUAUUGAGACGGCAGAAGUUCACACAGAAAAUACCAUCUCAAAUUUGCAUAAUCUUGAUCAUAAUGAAACGGAGGACACAACCGGACAGUUUUUACAAAAUAAUAAUUACGACGAGGAAACUACUUUAAAGCAAAUUGAUCACUUCCUUACAGAAAACAUUGAAAGUUCUACAAAGAAAGAAAUGCAAGAAAGUAUUGAUAAUUUUUGGUAACUACUUUGUUUGAGGUGGAA